AUGCCGGAUCCGGAAUAUAUCCAGUCCACGAAAGAAGGAAUAAUUCUGAUUUACACCUGGAAGAAUGAAGCACUGAUUUUUGGUUCCUUGACAGAAGAUCAAGUCAAACAGGAGGCAAUUCGACAACUCUCAGAAAUCCAUCCGGAAAUCAAGGAGAAAGAUAUGGUUCAAGCUUGUAUUGUCCAUGCUUGGCAUAACAAGCCUUCUUAUCAAGGUGCUUAUGGCCUUUUGAAGACCUCUCAGUUUAAAAAUAUCAGGUAAGACCCAUGGAGAGCAAAAUUAUCUGAUGUUAAUAAAAUGCCAUAGUCUCUCGUUGGUUACUUCGAAAGAGGUAUAUCUUGUAAAAAAGAAGCUUUUAAAAUGAUCACCAUUUUUGUGUUAAGGUGGCUCGAUAUAGUUUUUAACGAUGGAAAAUGCACGAUUUAAAUCCAUAUAGUUCUAGAGAAUAAGUCCAUAUAGUGCCGCCGUUUCUCGCUCGUAUUUAUUUCACACGUGACGAAAAGAACCUCUGGUGGCACGCGAUAUAAAUAUCACUCUCUUUGGUACAAAAUUUGUACCAAGCACAUUGAUUGGUUAGUUAUAAUUAUACAGAAAUAUGUAUUAAACUUGUUAAAAUGCUUCACUUAGUGUGGGUUAUCUGAACUUAUAAAUUUAUUUUGUUCCGGUACGAACUUCUGAGAUAUAAACUCGCUGUUUAAAAAGAUUCUCUGCGCUAGAGAGGAACUGCCAUCGCGGCAGGAUUUGAGUUGAAGGCAUGAUUUUAGUUGACGGAUAACAUGAGUUGACGACAUGGCAUGUUAUAUUUGUAAAGUAUAAAGUUUAAAUAUGUUUGAUGCGAAACCAGGAUUAUUCAUAUUGAGUAUAGACGUACGUUCUCUGGUUAAAAUAUUUAUUUUUCGCAAGCUUUCGACUGUCAGUCUACAGUCUUCAACGGGUAGAUUGUGAAAAAUAAAUAUUUUGAUCAGACAACGUCUAUACUCAAUAAAAAUAUAAAGUGUUGCUUACUAUGAUCGUUCAAGGUUUAAGUUUUGGCUUUGACUUCAAUAGUUAUUAAUGCGAUUUAUUUUUCCAAAUUUUACCGUAGUUGUCCUUUAAAGACAACCAUAUCCUCCGUUGCACGUACAUUAUAUAGAUAUAAAUAUUAUUCUUUCACUUUUGGCUUUUAGAUUUUAUAUACGUUUGCUAGUAAUACAAACGGCAUUCCACAAAUUUAACAAUUGAGAUUGCUUUUCCUAUUUAAUUCUUCAACAGCUGUACGUUGCGAGAAUAAUCUACAUGUUUUAAGGAGUUGUUUAAUAUAGGCCUGCUUAUUUUUUAAACUUUACACAAGGUUGCCAAACACCGAAACACGUCAAGCAGUCAAAGAGAGCUAUUUUAGUAGUAAGACAAACCUGGAAGUUUAAAUACGUCACAAAAUAUGAAACUGGUGCAUGUUCUCAAACGGCAACUCCGCAUAGAAGUGAGAUUCACAUUGCGUACCACCAGAGGUUCCCGCCGUUCCUUUAUACAAAAGACGUAAUUUAUAAUAAGGCGGCACAAGAACCUCUGGAAUCAGGGUAGGAGAAUAACUACAUGUUGAAAAACAAAAAAGUAUGUUACUGAUGUAACACAACAUGUAACGUAAAGAUUUUUUCACAAAAGUUACGCAACUGCGUUGGUAUGCAAAAAUGACGCUUCAAACUAGCGGAUAAUUUAGCUUUAAAACUGUAACUGGUAAACGACAUCGGUGACCCACAGAUUUUAUUUCAUAAGAUAAUUUAUUUUACUGUACUCAAUUAUUUUGACAAUUUAAUUUAAAAAAUUAUAUAGUUUAAAGUGUCAAAAUAAUUGAGUAUACUAAAACAAAUCAUUUCAUGGAAUAAAAUUUUGGGGUCUUCGAUGUUGUUUUCGAGUUAAAGAGACAACUCCAGCUUUUAAUUUAUGCACGCAGGGCUUGAUGGGAAGUAAGGUAUCAUAUUGCUGAUUAUGCUGAAAAUUUAAAAAAAAACUGCCAAGACAACUGAAAUAAUUCAUUAUUAACAAGUAUAAGCUAUCACUCCUUUUGUGAAAAAUUGAGACCUUUAGAUGUUAUUUUACAUUAAUAAGAUACUUUUUGUUUUUCAACAAGUAAUAAUUGUCCAAAAAUACGGAUCUAAAUCGUGAAUUUUCCAUUUUUUAAAAAUUGUAUCGUUAAACCGUUGAAACAAUUUAUUUCUGUUAUUCCAAUUGUUUUUCCUGUUUAAUUAACAAUUAUUCACCGAAGGCGAGGUGAUUAUCGGUGAAUAAAAACCGAGACGAAGUCGAGGUUUUUAUUCACGAUAAUCACCGAGCCUGAGGUGAAUAAUUGUUUUAGUAUAAUUUCAUAGGUGAUUAUUUGGAAAAAAUAAAAAAUACACAUUUCUUCGUCAUUUUAUUGACAAAACGGCUUCGGCCGCCGUUUCGAAAAUCGCUUAGGUGAUUAGGUGAUUAUAACAUUAUAAUCAGCUCAACGGCAACCAAUCAGCGCGGAGAAUUUUCAAUAAUCACCUAUGUAAUUGUACUAAAACUUGAUAAUGUACAUAUUAUAAUAAUCAAUUUCUAUGUAAUGCAUGCUGAGACUACGUUCGCGCACUACACCGGAACGAAAUAUAUACUGUCGGAAGAAUGUAGGCGUGGCCUGAUACUAUAUGCCGUUGCAGUUCGUUUAUACAAAUUAAAUUAACACUCAUGCAUGUAAACCCAAAAUAUUUCAAAUAGAGCAAAGAAAUUUAAACGAAAAGCAUUUGAAUUUACUGUUUUGAGCAGUACAAAAAAGUAACGGCGUUUGCAUUCACAUGAAGCCGCCAAGCGCUCCGUUUUCAUCUCCAGCCAUUGAGAAACCGCGCUCAAUUACUUCCGUGACAAAACUAACACUUGUACAGACAUUUUAAAGGUGAUGUAAAGUCCAUAAUGUAAACAAACGCUUUGUUUACAUUUUGAACUCAUUGCUACAAUUGUAAAAUAUGAUUAGAUAUAUAUUAUACUGAAUUUUUAACAAUCUUCCGGUUCGCUAUGCUUGUAAAUAUGAAUGUAGACUAGAGAUUCAGUUCAAGAAUGUUCGGAAGGUACGAAAUAUUAACAACAUUCCAAAGGUUGCUCCACCACUGAUGAAAUGUGUUGAUGCGCAGAAUAUAUGCGCAGAACGGACUUUACAGCAUUUUUAAGAUUAUUUUUGGGUAGGUCUUGUAAUUUUGAGAACGGGUGUAAUAUUAAUGUACAAACUAAACGAAUAACUGUAAUUGCAUGAGAGAUUGGAUUUUGUGUGCAUCUACAUUUUUUUAUAUUUUUUGCAUUUAGAUACUUGUGGGAACCGAUGGGUAACGUACAUUUCGCUGGAGAAGCCUUAUCAUUUGCUGCUGGUUGGAUUCAAGGUGCCUUGGAAAGUGGCCUCAAAGCCGCAUAUCAAGUUUAUGCCCGUGGCAAGAAGAGAACAACCAGAAAUGCACGAUUACGUUUUCGGAUUUGA